UAGAAACUGGGUAAAGACGAUAGAAGAGAACAACCAGAGCAACUCGUACAAUGGACCUCAAUGUGAACAUGGAAGAAAUAGAUGUUUCAAACGAUCCAUUUAUUGCCGACCCGCAGAAUGUCGACUUUAGUGUUCAAGACUUCACUUGUUUGCAGAACGACGCAUGGCUCGAUAAUUAUGUCGGCCUCGAAACCCAAAUCCAAACAUCAAUCGAGAAUGACACUACCAGCUCUAAGAAAAUCAACCAAGAGUUGAAUCUAUCGAAGAAGAAACUACCAAUUUCAGAUGACGAUCUUGAAAGYAUGUCUGUGAGAGAUCUUAACCAGAAGAUUCGCCAUCUUGAACUCACAAAACCUCAAAUACAGGCCAUUAGAAAGAGAAGACGGAGUUUAAAGAAUCGGGGAUAUGCCUUGAGCUGUCGGCAUAGACGAGUGACAGAAAAUGAAGAACUUUCAAAAGAAAAUGAAAAACUGAACAAAGAGCUGAAAAAACUCAGAGAUGAGCUGACCAGAACAUUGAAAGAAAGGGACAGUUUUAAAAAGAAGUAUGAAAAAGUAUCGAAUUAUUUUAACACAAUGACAGCAUCGGCUCUCAGUUUUAGUGCCAAAGGAGGUGGACUGUCCAUAAAAGGGUAACAUAUAACUCAUAUAGAAAAUUCUGAUAGACGUAGUCUAUCUCACUAUUAUAACUCUGCUUCCAGAAAAGACUGCAAAUUAUAGUUUUAUGCAAGAAAAAACGAAAAAAAUAUAAAAAUCAAAAACAACAAAAGAAGAAAACAACACCAAAAAACAAGAAAAAAUGAAUCAUACUGAAGACGACAAAAAAAAAAAUGAAGAGAUCUAGAAAACAUCUUAUUUACARAGCUUGGAUUACGACUUGCACGGAUGAAUAAAGGAAAAGUAUGGAAUCCUGACCGCGGAAAACAUGCAUCCACUUGCGUGGAAUCAGCUUGAUGUCGCAAACUGAAAUUUAUAUAGACUAAAUGACUGACUGAAAAUCACCCUCUUUGCUUAACGCUAAUCAUCUUGGCUAUGUAGAAUAGUGUCAUGGUCCAAUAGAUAUUUUUGAACGUUAUUAUAGCUUKGCGUACAACUUGGGAAUACUAGAAAAGAUAGUCAUUUUGUGACUACCAAAAACAGCUUAGUCAUCGCCUUGCUGAACAUUGCGCUAUAAGCGGCUCAAAUAUUUACUUUAUGAACUGAAGAAAGAUUUUAAGACGCAUUGAUAUMGAAUGUGCGCUSUGRAUCCAUGAAACAAAUACUAGCCAACUAGWACCGCAACGAACGCAGAUUCAAAGAUAUCAAACUAUUUAUGGUUACUGUUCUCUACCAAUGUGCUACUGCGAACUAUUUCUCAGGUUGUACGUUUGAUUAAUUUUUUUGUACUGAGAAAUUAAUUUAGAACAUACUUAAUAUUUAGCUGUUAUUUGCUGCAAUUUACGGCUUCAAAAGUACAUUUUUAUUUACUGCUUUGGUCGCGAAAAAUGUAAUUGUAUAUACGAUAAUUCACGUACGAARAUAUAAUGUACGAGCCGAAUUUAUUGGAUUGAAAUAUAGUGGUUUAGCGUCACUCUUUUCAUGUGUACUUGUAACAUAGAAAACAAUAUUGUAAAUAAACCCAUUUAUAUAUUUUGAAACA